UGGCGAUCUGUGUGGCGCCACAACUUAAUAUUGUAAAGAAGAAGAGUGAGCGGAAGUAAAUCUUCUGUUAUCCAUAAUCCAAAGCAGUGUGCUGUGUAAAUUUACAUUGAUCGCAAAUCGUUAGUCUUGGUCGAGAUGGGUCGCAGAAAGUCAAAGAGAAAACCUCCUCCCAAGAAAAAGAUGACGGGAAACUUGGAUACCCAGUUCACGUGCCCCUUCUGUAACCACGAGAAAUCAUGUGACGUAAAAAUGGAACGAAGUCGAAAUACUGGGAUAAUCUCGUGUACGGUGUGUCUAGAAGAAUUUCAGACGCCCAUAACGUAUCUCUCGGAACCCGUGGACGUGUACAGUGAUUGGAUAGACGCUUGUGAAGCAGCCAAUCAGUAGUUUUGUACAGAUGACCAAAUACACAUAAGUUUUUUUUAGUCUUGUAUCAAGUCACUGUCAUGUAUUUCAUCUCACAACCUAAUAAAAUCAAUUGAUUAAGGUAUAUGAUUUAGCUGCACACAUGGAUGCAGUUUUUCAUUAGUGUUACAGAAAUUUAUUGGAUAAUGUCAAGUUUUUAUUUCAGUUUAUCAUCUUUUAGUUUGGCUGUCUGUGUUUGUAUACUGUAGGUUUUUAUAAAACCAUUGUGUCAAUAAAUCAAUUGCAUAUUC